UAUCUCUUUUUUCCUAUGAGCAUUUGUCGGGUGAAUUUCGCCCGAAAUGAAUUCGCCUUGCAGAAAGGUAAUUCGAUGCGGGCUGGCAGUGCUUUUUUGUUUUCUGUUAAGCAAUUGCAGUACUUUUCCGUUUUGAAUUCGAAUUUAUGAAGUUGUGAGAAAUUUUAAACAUUAUGAUAAAAACUAUUGUGCAGCAAUAUGUUUUUGAGCAAUUAAUGCAUUUCAAAGAUGGCAAUCGAUGUUGCCAAAAGUUUUGUGGAUCUUUCCGAUCUACAGAAAGAUUGAUCUUCAUGGAGUUUGCCUUAAAACUUGAAUGCCAUAGUCGUGUUUGCAUAAAUAAUGGAAUAGAAUUUGUUAAAAUUUAUAAAAAGAAUUGUUUGCAUUUCAUGGAGCGUAUACCAGAGUUGCGACUUACAACUUACACCGAAAAGGAGCUAUUUAUGUUGCAACGGGAGAGUGAUUUUAUUGGUAGUCAGAUAGAGAUGCAAAUGUCACCAGAAUUUUUUAGUCCUAAUUGUAUUAGACCGUCUGUACCACCACAUAGAUUUUCUUUAGGUCUAAAACAGUCAAUGGCACGUAAAAACUUACGUGGACAGCAAAAUUUUCAAGAUAAAUGUGCUUUAAAAAUAUAUAAAGUUGGUUUACUUGAGGCGAUGGAUCGAAGUAGAGUAUUGAUUGUUAAUGGAGACUACAUCUUUGAGAAAUCUACUGGGCUGCCCAUGUACAUUAUAGAAAAUUGUGCGGAGCGUCGGGCUCAUUGUAAAAUCGUUUGUGUGGAGCGAGAACAGUUAUUGGCCAUACAUAAUAGUGAAAAAUUAUCGGAGUAUUUGGGUGAAAAAGUGGGCAAUACCGUUGCAUUUCAAAUACAUCUUCAAAGCCGCAUCAGCGAAGGAUCGAAUCUUAUAUACACUACCUCAAGUUUCUUAUUGCGUGUUCUAAUGGGCCAGAGUAUUGUGGAUAGUUUUCGGCAUAUUUCACAUGUUAUUGUUAGCGACGUCUACCGACACGAGGCGUUUACAGAUUUACUAUUAAGUGAAUUACGUGCAGCACUUCGCUGUCAUGCACAUCUCAAGGUUAUACUACUAUCAAAUUCUCAGCAUAAUAUAAGUUUUUUGGAGUACUUUGGUGAGGGGGAAAUUCUACAGUUGGAUAGUUCUCAAACACCCAACGUGCAAAAAUCUUAUGUUUUUCACAUGGAGGAUAUACAAAAUAUAAUAGAAACAGAUCGCAAUUUAAUUAACCGUAAACAAAUAUAUAUCAACUUUAUGAAUACAUCCUGCCGUCCUAACGGAAAUUUUAUUAACGCAGAUCGCAUAUUGGAAAACUAUGAGCUUAUAGGUACAGAUCAAGCUUUGGCUACAUUUUUAUAUAUGGUUGAGGGAGAAAAUAUUCCAAUAGAUUACCAACAUUCGGUAACUGGAAGAACUGCCAUAACUAUUGCGUCUAAUAUUGGCAAUAUAGCGCAUAUAAAAAUGUUACUAGAUAAAUUUGCUGAUCCUUUUAUAAUGGAUAAACAAAACCUUAACGCCAUAUCUCACGCUAUUGCCAGUGGAAAUAUAUUAUGUAUCGAAUUACUAAGUAGCUGUAAAAACAUCAAAACCAUUAAUCCUUCAGUACUAGACUACAGUCUUGUUAUGGAUCUUAUUAAAGUGUUAACGAUAAGUCCUAAAUGGGAGGCUGGCAACAUUAUCAUUAUUGUAGCUGAUUAUGAGCAACUUUUGCGUCUGAACUAUUGGGUAUUACGUUGUAAAAUGAUCGGCGAUUUACCGCAAGAAGUUGUCAUAUAUAUGUUACAUAAUAAUAUUGAGAAAGAUCAACUAGAUAUGGCGAUGGAAGGCACACCUGAGUGCAUAAAUAUAAUAAUCGCUACAGAUAUCAUUGAAAGUAUAAUUCCGAAAUUUUCUAUUAAAUACAUUAUUGAUUUGGUGCGCAACCGACGCACGUUAUAUAAUACAGAAUCUGGCUGUAAAGAGACCUCAUAUGAAUGGAUAUCUAGAGAAGCUCUUGAAAAUCGGGCACGUUUAACUAAUAAUAAAGGAGAACAUGCUUUAUGUUUUCGUCUCAUUCCGGCGUUUUUGGUCGAUAAACUCUCUAAAACCUAUGCAGCCGAAUUAUUAAGCAUGCCACUAGAUCGUGUCUGUUUAACUGUAAAAUUACUCUCACCACACACAAUGGUUGCGGAAUAUUUGCAAUCAACCAUUUCCAAACCACCGUUUAUACAUAUUCACAAUACCGUUGAAUUUCUCAAGAAAAUAUACGUUUUCGACGAACUGGAAGAGGUAACUUGGUUAGGUUGUCGUUUAAUUGACGUACCGAUUGAUUGCCAGUUAGGAAAAGUACUCGUUUUCGCUAUACUCUUGCAAUGUUUGGAUCCCGUACUAACAAUUGUAAGUUUUUUAUCAACUCUUGAUCCGUUGGAAUUGCCCAAUGAUUCAGGAAAUAUAAAUCUGCCAGCAUUAGAUGAAAUGCGUGCUAAAAUAAAAGGUGAACGCAAACGACUGGCCGAAAAUAUAUUUUCGGAUCAUUUGAUUUACCUACGUUUAUACCAAGAAUGGCAAAAUAACUUACGCGACGAUAAUCCAGAAAUGGUUUUAAUAGAUGAGCAUGACUAUGUGCUAAAUGGUAUUUUAGAAAAAGUUUGUGACAUACGUACACAUUUAGUAGGGGCAUUACGAUCAUCGCAACUCAUACAUAAUCAAGGACAGCUAAGCAUGCAUUAUAUAAAUUUAAAAUCAAAUAGUUGGCCCAUAAUAAAGGCGGCACUUGUGGCAGGUCUUUAUCCAUGUCUCGGCGUUGUUGAUACAUUUGAAGGACGUAUUAAAUGUAAUAGAUCGCAGGAACUUGUCAUACAUCCAACGUCUAUAUUAAGAGAGAUUACCAUGGAACCGCUAAUAACGAAGGCGCAUUGUUUUCCUUCCAAGUGGAUGGUUUACGGCAAUGAAGUAAAUUGCGGUGGUCUCAUUAGUGUCGGAUGCUGUUCUCUGGUAUCACCAAUAACGGUUGCUAUGCUUGCAGGACCACCAAAAAUCGAUUUAUCCAAUGUAAGCUCUAUUAAUGUUGCUGGAAGUAAUCAGGGAUCGGACAAUCACAUGACACAUGAAAACGAACACGAAGAUUCAAUUUUUUAUAUUGAUGAUUGGCUUGAGAUUAAAAUGGAGCCUACAACUAUACAGUUACUGAUUAAAACUCGUCAAUAUUUCUACAGUGCUUACAUGAAUUUCUUGCAGAACUGUGGCAGCAUAGAUAAGUGGAGACGGACAAAUUCCUUUUUGGCUGCAGUUUCGCGUUUAUUCGAUACGCUCGAAAGAGUAUUUGCGCUAGAGGAUCAAGCUUGUGGAUUUGUCAAACCAAUUAAUAUAGGUUUACGUCCAAAGGCGGUACCAAACAAGUUUAUAACCUCUUUUAAUGCCGUUAUAAGUUGGAAUGAAGAAAACGCUAUUAACAAUACACAAAUAUUAAUGAAUGAUAAUAAUUCAAAGCGUGUUGAAUUCAAAAAAAAUCACAUACAAGUUAAAUCUGUUAAAAAGUUUGUCUGUUUGGAGAAACAGUUUUUCGCCGCUUGUGCAUCACAAUCAGAUCUAACUUUUCGAAAAUAUCCACAAGAUUGGUUGCGUGAUGCCAUUGCAAAAGUAAUUGAACCAUAUUUGAGGAAAGACAAACUAACUUAUGUAUUGCUAUAUAAUAAACAUCCGGAUGAAUUCUGUUUGGUGGCAGUGGCUACGAAGUUAUUCGGAAGUUUCAAAUUGCAAGAAUACUUUAAAAACAAACUACCAAUCAAUGAAGUGUUGAAAAUAUGUGCCAUACAUAACAUUUCCGCGCCUGUAUUCUCGGAAAAACGUAAUGCUUUUCAAAUUGAUGCAGUGGUGGGUAAAUUGAUUUUGGAUUUAUUCGCAUUCCGUAAUCACAAGUAAAGAAUUGAAUUGUUUUAAAAAGAUUUUGUUCUUACAUAUUUAAGUUUAAAACUUUUUAAAUCGGUACAUAAAAGUAUAAUUUUUAAUAAUUAUGUUUGAGUUGGAUGUAUUUUUUACCGUAAAGAAAACUCAUGUAUUACAUAAUGUGUUCCACUGAAUGAAAUAAAGUAUGAAUUUUAAUUUGAAAAA